CAUGGAUCGCAAUCCGUCGCCGCCGCCGCCGAGUCGCGGCGAGGACGAGGAGGAGGCGGCCGGUGGCGACUGCAUAGGCAGCACGGUCUACAGCAAGCACUGGCUCUUCGGCGUCCUCAGCGAGCUCAUCCAGAUUUUCCAAAAAUACGUUGCCAUGUAAAUGCAUCGCUAGGGUUUCUGCUCCCUAUUCCCACUGUUGUUUCUGAAGCCCAGGCCCUAAUCUGUGUGGAGGGCUUUCGUUGUAGUAGCAUAAGUGGUGAUUUGGCGGUCAUACAGCUCUGAUGUCAAAAGCGCAGCAGGCCCUGCGUGACUUGGGAUUGUUAGCCCUGAAAACUCCCAGUCCAGCUCAGAUGAUGAGGAGCAGCAGGUGGAGCUUGAUGAAGAAAUGGAGAAUGAAAUUUGCAAAGUAUGGGAUAUGUCAAUGGAUGAGGAUGUGGCUUUGUUUCUGCAAGAAUUUAAUGCUCCUGACAUAUUUAUGGGAGUAUUGGCCAAAUCCAAAUGUCCUCGAUUAAGAGAAAUCUGUGUGGGAAUUUUAGGUAAUAUGGCCUGUUUCCAGGAGAUAUGUGUGUCCAUCAGCAGUGAUAAAAAUCUUGGCCAGGUAUUAUUGCACUGUUUGUAUGAUUCAGACCCUCCUACUCUGCUGGAGACAAGCAGGUUGUUGCUUACUUGCCUUUCCCAGACAGAAGUGGCCACUGUCUGGGUUGAAAGAAUCCAGGAACAUCCAGCUAUUUAUGAUAGCAUUUGCUUCAUCAUGUCAAGUUCAACAAAUGUUGACUUGCUGGUGAAGGUGGGGGAGGUUGUGGACAAGCUCUUUGAUUUGGAUGAGAAGCUGAUGUUGGAAUGGAUUAGAAAUGGGGCUGUUCUGCCUUUGGACAAACCCCAGGAAGAUUCUGAACAGCAGCCGGUGUUUCGAAUUGUGCCCUGUGUACUUGAAGCUGCCAAGCAAGUACGUUCUGAAAAUCCAGAAGGGCUUGAUGUCUACAUGCACAUCUUACAGCUGCUUACCACAGUGGAUGACGGAGUUCAAGCAAUUGUGCAGUGUCCGGAUGCUGGAAAAGACACUUGGAGUUUACUUUUUGACCUGGUGUGCCAUGAAUUCUGCCAGCCUGAUGAUCCACCCAUCAUACUUCAGGAACAGAAAACAGUGCUAGCCUCUGUUUUCUCAGUGUUGUCUGCCAUCUUUGCUUCACAGGUCGAACAGGAGUAUCUAAAGAUAGGAAAAGUAGAUCUUCCUCUAAUUGACAGCCUGAUUCGUGUCUUACAAAAUAUGGAACAUUGUCAGAAGAAACCAGAGAACUCAGCACAAUCUAACACAGAAGAAACUAAAAAGUCUGAUUUAACCCAGGAUGAUUUCCACUUGAAAAUCUUGAAGGAUAUUUCAUGUGAAUUUCUUUCUAAUAUUUUCCAAGUUUUAACAAAGGAGACUAUAGCUCAGGGAUUAAAGGAGGGCCAAUUAAGUAAACAGAAGUGUUCCUGUGCAUUUGAAAACCUUCUUCCUUUCUAUUGCCCUGUGGUAGAAGACUUUCUCAAAAUCCUACGUGAAGUUGAUAAGACUCUUGCUGGUAACCUGGAGGAAAGCUUCCCAAGUUUGAAGCUUCAGACUUAAAAACUAUUGGAAUUCCUCUGCUCAAGAAAUAAACUCUAUUUUCCUUGCUGACAGUUGAAAUUGACAAAUAGGAAGUAUUAGACCAUAAUUGUUUGGUAUUGUACUCAUGCCCCUCUUCUCCAGCCUUAUCUCAUUUUUGUUUGGCAUUGGAAUCUAGUUUCACUAUCAUCAAGCAUCAUCUCCCUUCCUGCCGCCCCCCCCCCCCCCCCCCCGCUUUUUUUGUAUUGAUUGCAGUAUUUGUCUUCUUCAUGUAAAGAAAACAAAAUACAAGCUUAUCGUUGAGGUUCUUUUUAGAAUAUUUGAGGGGUCAGAGAGGAUUUUCUUCAUAACUCUUAAUUUGGUUUUUACUCAGAAUUUUGUAUUUGUAUCCACUGUAAGUGCAUUCAUCUGCACAAGUAGAAAACCCUAUUAUAGUAGCUUAAUCUGAUAACUCGUAUGUAUGAGGAUGAGUCAAAAAUUAUCCUCACUCCGGUUAUAUUAAAGCUUCUGGGGGCUUCCCUGGUGGCGCAGUGGUUAAGAAUCCGCCUGCCCAUGCAGGGGACAGAGGUUCAAUCCCUGCUCCGGGAAGAUCCCACAAUGCCGUGGAGCAACUAAGCCCGUGCGCCACAACUACUGAGCCUGAGCUCUAGAGCCCGUGAGCCACAACUAUUGAGCCCCUGUGCCACAACUGCUGAAGCCUGCACACCGAGAGCCUGUGCUCCGCAACAAGGGAAGCCAUCUCAAUGAGAAGUCUGCGCACUGCAAUGAAGAGUAGCCCCCGCUUGCCGCAGCUAGAGAAAGCCCACAUGCAGCAACAAAGACCCAAUGCAGCCAAUAAAUAAAUUUAUUUAUUUAUUUAUUUUUAGAAAAAAACUUCUGCAAAAUCUGCAUCCAGAGUGAGGAUAAUUUUUGACUCACCCUCAUAUUUUAUGCAAUAUGAAGUCCAGAGGUAGGGAGUCCAGCCCUGAUAAGGUGGCUCAGGGACCCUGACUCCUUUCACCUCUAUGUGGUCUGCCAGGUGGACCUUUGUGUUCAUUUUCAUUGUCUUGUGGUUAGGGGGACUAUAAUAUCUCUGGUCCUUUCUUCUACAUUCAGGGAGGAAAAAGGAGAAAGAGACAAAGGGGCUUUCUCCUAGCAAGUCUUUACCUUUUUAUUUGGAAAGGACAGCCCUCCCUGGCCAGAACCAUAUCACAUGGCCAUCCCUAACUGCAGAUAUUUGAAAUCAAGUACUUUUUUUCUUUCUAGCCUCUACAGGAGAGAAAGGCAAGAGAGAAGGGAGAUCUGAAUGGCUUUUGAGUAUACCCAGUCCGUGAUGUUUGCCACAGUCUGCAAACCUGUCUGUCCAUUUUAAUUGUAUUGAUUCUGUGCUAGGUUGUUAGUAAUAAUCAAAAGUAAUGACUAGCUUGGUUACAGUUCAGGUUUUUUUCCUAGUGUUUUACAUAUGAAGAUAGAAAUGCUAACAUUCUGAUGAAAGCACGUGAGAAAAAUUCUAUAUCUUCACAGAAGAUAGAAUAACAGUGGCUUAAUUUCAGAAAAUGAUUCGCUUGAGUGCCUUCAGAUUUUUAAAAUUAAGAUUGAGGGGGUUUCAUAACUUCUUAUUGGUUACAAACUGUGCUGUGCAUGAUUUCUCUCUCAUACUUUUAUCAUUCUUUAUAGUUCUUCCUAAUGAAAUAUAUUCUGAGAAUCAACUAGGUACACUUACAGGAAGCACCCAGCUUGCAUUAUUUCAGUUACUGAAAGUGGACUUUUCAGAAAAUAUCAGUUAUGAAUGAAAAAGCCAGCUUUUUAAACCUCUCUUCUGGUACAGCCUCUUCUCAGUUUAUUGCAGCAUCUUUUAGGCUUUAAAGCAUUGGUCUUGACUCACACUUUGUAUUCUUUCCUUGAGUGACUUUUGCUGAUAAACGCAGGGGUGCCCUGUGUCAUUUGUAAGAGAUAUAUAAAUGCCAGUUUCGGGGUAGUUUUAUUGUUGAAAGUAUCCCUGCCAAAAAGAAUUCAACUAUAAAGUAAAAAUCUUACCGAUUAAACUCUUAAUUGGUAGGUUUACAUUAUGUAUAUUUGUAUGUCUUCAGUUAUGACCUUAUGUACAGGUUGAAUGUGACUUUAACAUGAGCUUUCAAAGGCACUGAUGAAAUCACUCCUAUCUGCUAGCCAGUGCUAAAAAUUCUACUCUUUUAUCUCUUAAGGUUGAAGCUUAAGGUGCAAGUAACCCCAUAAGAGUAAUACUCCAAGUUAUUGUCAUGUUUACCUCAGUGCAUAAAUUCACAUUCUGUUUUCCUGAGAACACGUUUUAAAAGGGGGAGCACAGGACUUUGGGUAUCUGAGCAAAAGAGUGCCACUCAGAGUGGGUAAGUUACAGAGGGAGAAAAAGGAUACAUCAUGGAGAGGCUAGGGAUGUCCAGGUUAUUUUCUACUUCCCAUUUCUGUCUUGAACCUGCCUUACUUACUUGUUACUCUUGUUAUUGUAAUAUUAUGAUGUGGUACAUAUUUUCAUAGUACUUUGAUGUGUUUGAAAACUUCCUAAAUCUAUGAAUUAUAAUAAAUAGGUUUUUUUUAAAGUGA